AGACUGAGGGAAGAGAGGGCACCCCCGGGCGCCGGAGAGCAUUGUGGGAAGGAGGCGGCAGCGUCCCGGGCGGGCGGGAGGUGCACCAGCGGCGGCGGCAGCGGUAAAUCCUCCCGGCCGCUCACAGCACUGUGGAGCCGCGUCCCCAGCCCGGCCUCGGACCGCGGCGCCCCUCCUGCCCCUCGCGGCUUCGCGCCCGCCCGCCCCUCCCCCGGCGCCCGGCCCUGCCGAGCCGGCCGGCCGGCCCGGCUCCCCUCCCCGGCCCGCCGGGCGGGCGGGCUGCCCUGAGGAGGCGGGGAGGGGCCGGCCGGGCCGGCCGGCGGCCGGGCGACGAUGCCGAACUUCUGCGCGGCCCCCAACUGCACGCGGAAGAGCACGCAGUCGGACUUGGCCUUCUUCAGGUUCCCGCGGGACCCCGCCAGAUGUCAGAAGUGGGUGGAGAACUGUAGGAGAGCAGACUUAGAAGAUAAAACACCUGAUCAACUAAACAAACAUUACCGACUAUGUGCCAAACACUUUGAGACCUCCAUGAUCUGUAGAACAAGUCCUUAUAGGACAGUUCUUCGAGAUAAUGCAAUACCAACAAUAUUUGAUCUUACCAGUCAUUUGAACAAUCCACAUAGUAGACACAGGAAAAGAAUAAAAGAAUUGAGUGAAGAUGAAAUCAGGACACUGAAACAGAAAAAAAGUGAAGAAACUUCUGAACAGGAACAAAGACAUAAAGAAAUAAAUAACAGCAAUGCUCAGAACCCUGGUACAGAAGAGGGGAGUGAAGAACAGGAUGAAGACGUUUUACCUCUAACUCUUGAAGAAAAGGAAAACAAGGAGUACUUAAAAUCAUUAUUUGAAAUUUUGAUUCUUAUGGGAAAACAAAACAUACCUCUGGAUGGACAUGAAGCUGAUGAAGUUCCAGAAGGUCUCUUUACUCCUGAUAACUUUCAAGCACUGCUGGAGUGCCGGAUGAAUUCUGGUGAAGAGGUUUUGAGAAAGCGUUUUGAGACAACAGCAGUUAACACGUUGUUCUGUUCAAAAACCCAGCAGAAACAGAUGCUCGAAAUCUGUGAGAGCUGCAUUCGGGAAGAAACCCUCAGGGAAGUAAGAGACUCUCGAUUCUUUUCUAUCAUCACUGACGAUGUGGUGGACAUAUCAGGAGAAGAACACCUGCCUGUGUUGGUGAGGUUUGUCGAUGAAUCUCAUAACUUGAGAGAGGAAUUUGUGGGCUUUCUGCCUUAUGAAGCAGAUGCAGAAAUUUUGGCUGUGAAAUUUCACACUACGAUAACUGAGAAGUGGGGACUAAAUAUGGAAUAUUGUCGUGGCCAGGCUUACAUUGUGUCCAGUGGGUUUUCUUCCAAAAUGAAAGUUGUUGCUUCAAGACUUUUAGAGAAAUAUCCUCAAGCUAUCUACACACUAUGUUCUUCCUGUGCCUUAAAUAUAUGGUUGGCAAAAUCAGUGCCUGUUAUGGGAGUAUCUGUUGCAUUAGGGACAAUUGAGGAAGUUUGUUCUUUUUUCAAUCAAUCACCACAACUGCUCUUAGAGCUUGACAGUGUCAUUUCUGUCCUUUUUCAGAACAAUGAAGACAGGGGUAAAGAACUGAAGGAAAUUUGUCAUUCUCCGUGGACAGGCAGGCAUGAUGCGUUUGAAAUUUUAGUAGAUCUCCUACAAGCACUAGUUUUAUGUCUAGAUGGUAUAACUAGUGACACAAACAUUAGAUGGAAUAACUAUAUAGCCGGCCGUGCGUUUGUGCUCUGUAGUGCAAUAACAGAUUUUGAUUUCAUCGUUACCAUUGUUGUUCUUAAAAAUGUUUUGUCUUUUACAAGAGCCUUUGGAAAAAAUCUCCAGGGACAAACCUCUGAUGUCUUCUUUGCAGCCAGUAGCUUGACUGCAGUGCUGCAUUCACUAAAUGAAGUAAUGGAAAAUAUUGAAGUUUAUCAUGAAUUUUGGUUUGAGGAAGCUACAAAUUUGGCAACCAAGCUUGAUAUUCAAAUGAAACUCCCUGGGAAAUUCCGUAGAGCUCAGCAAGGAAAUGUGGAAUCUCAGUUAACCUCUGAAAGUUAUUAUAAAGAAGCUCUAAGUGUUCCUACUGUGGAGCAUAUUAUUCAGGAACUGAAAGAUAUAUUCUCAGAACAGCACCUCAAAGCUCUUAAAUGUUUGUCUCUGGUACCUUCAGUCAUGGGCCAACUCAAAUUCAACACAUCAGAGGAGCAUCAUGCUGAUAUGUAUAGAAGUGACUUACCCAAUCCUGACACACUCUCAGCUGAGCUACACUGUUGGAGAAUCAAGUGGAAACACAGAGGGAAAGAUAUAGGGCUCCCAUCCACCAUUUAUGAAGCCCUCCAUCUGCCAGACAUCAAGUUUUUUCCUAAUGUUUAUGCAUUGCUAAAGGUCCUAUGUAUUCUUCCUGUGAUGAAGGUUGAGAAUGAACGCUAUGAGAAUGGGCGGAAGCGCCUCAAAGCUUACCUGAGGAACACUUUAACAGAGCAAAGGUCAAGUAACUUGGCUUUGCUUAACAUAAAUUUUGAUAUAAAGCACGAUUUGGAUUUAAUGGUGGACACAUAUAUCAAACUAUAUACAACUAAGUCAGAUCUUCCUACAGAUAACUCCGAAGCCAUUGAAAAUACCUAGGAGACCUUAAACAAGGUCUUCUCUCAUACUUGAAAUUUGAAUAAAAUAUUUUCAAAGGAAUUUGAAACUCCUUACAGAUGAGCUGUAAGAUGUAUGUAGGUCACUUAAUCACUGAUCUGUCUUGACCUAUAGGUCUCCUAUUGAGCACAUUAGCCAUUGAUAAUCUAUUUCAGUGACCCAGAUUUGAACUGUUAAGACUGGAGACCAACUGUUCUUCCCGAAGACAGCAUUAGAAGUGCCACAUUACACUUCAAAGUGAUCUGUACUAGCAAGCAGCACUUCAGAAUUGUUUUAGUUAAGUCAUUUUAGACAUAACAAUUUAUUAUCACCGUGGAUCCAAUUGCCGGGUAUUAAGUCAUUCGUUCUUUGAAGAAAUAAAUUUUGAGGAGGUGUGAGAGGAAGGGGAGUAUUUAUGAAAUGCUACAAUGAAGUUCAUGACUGACCUUUGACUAGUAGGGAUUUUUAAGUAUGCUGUUUUAAGAUCUGUACCAGACAGUGAGAAAUGUGUGGUUUGCCAAACAAUGACUUCAGUAUAGAUAUUGGCUUCCUGAAACAAACUUAAAGGAACAAGUUACAUUUAAAAUUUGAAUCUUCCGUUGUUGUCCUACAUCUGGUUGUUGUUUACAUUCCUUUGUUGAACCUACAGUAGCUUUUUUCCCCUCUUUCUUUAACAGGUAUAUGUUGAACACUUUCUGUUUCAUGGUCAUGACAAGAUCAAAGACCAUGGAUACUGAUGACUGAUUUGUCUCUUUUCUUCUGUCUUUCCUUGACUGUAUCUACUGCCUUGUCUUGGUUUGUAAGCAAAUCCUGGAAAACUCACAGAGAUAACUGUUUUGUGGUUUAUGCAGGAACAAUACAGAAAAUACUGCUGUUAUUUUUGGUGAAGAAGAAAAUCAAUUUUGUAUAGUUUAUUUCAACCUAAAUAAAAUGUGAAUUUUGUUUAA